UAAACCCUGGUUAAGAUAGCCAAGCAACUUCCGGUCACUUCGUCUCACGAUAAAAGAUGGCGGCCUAUUCCCGAUCUGGGUUCCCGUUACCGUCUGUCCUUGCUCUCGUCGUCGAUUUUGCUUCUACUCACCGACUCCAUCCGCUGCUUCAGUAGAGGUUUGAUAUGUGCCCUUCAGCCCCAAUAUCUGUUCAGCUUUGUAUCAAUAAACAUUGGUCUGAUGAAGAAGUUAUACAGUUAUUAGGAGGAAGAACUAUUGGGGAUCUGAUCCUGGCGAAUCUGAUCACUGGGGUCGAUCCUUUCAACAUCGAACCAUCGAAUUCUUCUGGUUAGCCUUGAAUUGAUUAAUACUUAUACCCUUGUCGUGGUUUGCAUACAACUGUCAGAAGAUUCUUGGUACUUGUGCAACUCCAAAGGCCAGCAAUAUCCUAACAGGAGAAAUACAAUUACAGAGACAAAGUCUGGAUUCUGGAGAAUAAAGGAUGAGUGCAGAAUAUUCACGAAUACCACUUGUGUUGGUAGGAAAACGACAAUGGAAUAUUAUGAAGGGAAAUUACCCAAGGGAAAUAAAACUAGGUGGAUGAUGAUUAAAUAUCAGGUAGAGUGUAAGACUGGGAAUGGGUUUAAUCAACAAAAGGACUAUAAUUCAUUAUGCAGAGUUUUCUUGCAAAAUGAUUGGACAGAAUAUGAAGAACAACACUAUUCUGCUAGUGCCAAUGUUGGUGGUGAAUAUAUCAUCCAAUUGGUGCAAGUCUAUCGAGAACCAGAAGAAACAAAUUUACCUUCCAAAAAUGUGCUCAACAGAUCCCUGGGGCAACCGGCAUUCUCUGAAAGUGUUGGUGAACCAUUACAUGAGAAUGUAGUGGAAGAGAUAGAAUCAAAUUGCAAUUUUUCAAUUGGAGAUUACCUGGAACUGAAUGAUUUAAUGAGUCCAGAGACAUCUUCAUCCAGUUCAAACAAUUCCAGCUGUGUGUCAACCAAUUCUUAUGACUACUUUGAUGCUGAUGCAUUUUUGUUUUCUGUUGGGGAUGAAGACAACAUGAGAUCUGAUGAAGAAUAUUUAGAUCGUAGAUUUAGUAUCCCUAUCUUAAUUGAAUCAAGUCAGACUGCUGUUAGGCCUUCCUCACCAGGCUCAAUUCAUGGCAAUAACAAUAUCGUGACUGAAGAGAAUAUGGCUACCAGUUCACUGCCUCGAAACGAAAUUUUAGACCAAGGACUUCCUGUAUCUAAUGAGGAGGUGCAGCGCACGAGAGAUGAUAAAUCAGAAAAAUCUGAGGGCAGUCAGACAAACCAAGUUGCUGAUAGUUCAUUUGAUGUCAGGAGUAUGCAGGGUAAUGGAUUGAAGAAGACUGGUAAGAUUGCAAAGCUUGGCAAGAAAUACUGCUGCUUUGGAUCAUUUUAGUCAGUCAUCUCACUCAUCCUAUAGUUGUCGACAAAGUAGAUUAUGAGGUCAUUCUAAUGAAGAAUUGCAAUUGACUAGCAUCUUUGCUGGGAAGCUUGGGUUCAAAAUCUAGAGAAACACUGCCUUUUUUUGUCAGUGUUCUUUGAACAAGAGUUGUCUCACUAAUUAGAACUUCAUCUGGAGGUGGUUAGGAAUUCAAGUUGCAGAUUUCAUUGAGAAAUCCUUGCCAUAUGGCAUAUUGUAUCUUCACACAGCUUCUGUUGUAUUGCACUAGUUACCUCAGCAGUCACAGUAUCAGUUACAUCUUCUGCUUUAUUAGGGGGCAUCUGGAGGAUCAUUGCUAUUAGGUUUCAUCUUAGAUUCACCCAGUUUAUGUGAAUAAAUAAAAUCAUAGCAGAUGGGUGUUGAUUUCACAGUAUGUUAAACAGUAUGUUUCCAUUCUCUUCCUUGAUCUAAUGUGAAUUAUAUAGUUUGUUA